AUCUCUGUGAGGGGCAGCUGCUGCUGACGCUGACGUACCACAGCCUGAAAUCGGAGGCGUCGCUCCUCCACGGCAGUCAAAACAUGGAUUCCGAGUUCGUCAAGACUCAUCUGGGUUCAUGUCUGGCAGAGGGGCUUGCUGAAGUGGUAGAGCAGCGCCCCAUGGACCCCAUCCAGUUUUUGGCUCACUGGCUGUACAAAUACAACUCCAACGUUGAAUAUGAAGAAAAGAAACAGACCCGGUUGGCACUUAUGGAGAAGGAAAGAGCUAAAGCCGGCGAGAAGGACACCAAAAAGGAUGCUGGGAAGGACGCCGAGAAGGAGCCAGCUGUAAAACUCUCUAAAACGGAGCCUACAGGACCAGAAGAUCAUGUGGGAGCCACACACGAACCUGUGAGCGACCCCCAUGAGCAAGAAACCCAACAGCAAAGUGGACUUCUGGAACAUGAUCAGGAGGUGAAGACGACUAAUAACGGAACUGCUCCAGUUGUCUCUCCGCGGACCGACGUCAUCCAGCAGGACCAGCCCGAAGUGGAGAAAUCCCGAGAGGAGAACGUGAAGGACGAGAAUGCUGAAUCUGCAAGGAUGGAAUCCUCUCCAUCUGAGGCAUCCCAGAUUGAAACCACACCAGCUGGGACCUCUCAUACAGAAUCUUCACAGAUAGAGUCUGCAGAAAUGAAAUCCACCCAAGUUAAGUCCAUGCAAGGAGAAGCUAAGCAGGGGGAGUCCUGGCAGGUUGAUACGUCCCAGACAGAGUCUAUAGAAUCCAUCCAGGCUGAGACCUACCAAGCAGAUAUCCCAGACAAGUCCUCCCAGGCUGAGGCCUCCAAUGUGGAAUCAACACAAGUUGAGAGCUCCCAGGCAGAGGAUGUGGAUUUGGGGUCCACGCCAGGGGAGUCUGCGCAGGCCAAGUCCAUGCAAUCGGAAUCUUCUCCAGCUGAGAGCUACUACUCAGACUCUACAAAAGCUGAGACCUCCCAGGUUGAGUCUGCACAGGUGGAGUUCACACCAGAGGCAUCUGCACAGGCAGAGUCCACUCCGGCUGAAUUCACCCAAGUUCAGAGCCCCCGGGUGCAGUCUGGGCAGGUGGAGUCCAUGCAAUCGGAAUCUUCUCUAGCUGAGAGCUACUACCCAGACUCUGCACAAGCUGAGACCUCCCAGGUUGAAUCUGCCCAGGUGGAGUUCACAUCAGGAGCAUCUGCGCAAGCAGAGUCCACUCCGGCUGAAUUCACCCAAUUUCAGAGCCCCCGGGUGCAGUCUACACAGGGCGAGUCCGUGCAGAAGGAGUCCACACUGGUGGACUCUGUGCAGGAUGAGACCUCUCAAGCUAAAGUCUCCCACAUGGAAUCUGAACAAGCUGAGACCUCUCAUCCCAAGUCUGCAGAGAUGGAAUCUCCAACGGUGGACCUAGCUCAGUCUGAGACCGCCAUUUCCGAGUCCUUUGAAGCUGAAGUCUCUGACAUUGAAUCCAAACACAUUGAGACCUCAGAGUCUGCACUGGUGGACUCCUUAAUACUGGAGUCUACGCAGGUCCAGAAUCCAAGUGUGGAGUCCACAGAGGCUGAGUCCUCUCAAGUUGAGUGUGCUAAGUCCGAGUCUAUGCAGGUGGAGUCAAAGUUGGAGGCGCCUACGCAGGCUGAGGCUCCGCAGGUUGAGGCCCCCCAGAUUCAACUAACUGAGUCCAACCCAGUCCCGGCGGUUGACAACCAGUUGGCAAAAACUGAAGAGGUGACCCCUGAUUCAAAUUCAACAGCAGUUGUUCAAGGCUCGGAAGAGGUAGUAACAGAACAGCAGAAAAAUGACUAAAUCGCUGCUUGAGGGUCCACUGAUGAACAAUUUUUGAAUAUCCUACAUUCAUCAUUGCAUAUGAGCCUAUAUAAAAAAAAUGCCCUCUGAAAUAUUCAAAUAAACAUUAUGUACUUGAAACAA